AUGCAUCGACUUGUUUUCGUCUGGGUGCUGGCGGCCAUUUCGGUCACCUGGUCUCGGCCUCAGCUCCCUCUUCUCUCCCCAGAGAUGGUCGACUUUAUUAACAAGGCCAACACCACCUGGACGGCCGCGCAGAACUUCCACAACGUCGAUGUCGGCUAUGUGAAGGGACUGUGUGGGACAAUACUGAAAGGAGCCAAGCUGCCAGAGGUGGUUCAUAAUGUUGAAGGUAUUCAGCUUCCAGACAGCUUUGACCCGCGCCAGCAGUGGCCCGACUGUCCCACAAUCCAACAGAUCAGAGACCAGGGCUCGUGUGGAUCCUGCUGGGCCUUUGGGGCAGCUGAGGCGAUUUCCGACAGGUUAUGUAUCCACAGCAAUGGUAAGAUCUCUGUGGAGAUCUCGGCUGAGGAUCUGCUGUCCUGCUGCGAUGACUGUGGCAUGGGCUGUUACGGCGGUUUUCCCUCCGCUGCCUGGGAAUUCUGGGCAAAGAAGGGGCUUGUGACAGGAGGCCUGUAUGACUCCAAAGUUGGCUGCAGGCCCUACACCAUCGCUCCCUGUGAGCAUCAUGUAAACGGAACCCGUCCUCCCUGUCAGGGUGAAGAGGAGACUCCCAAGUGUGAGGAGCAGUGCGUUGAUGGAUAUUCACCAUCCUAUCAGAAGGACAAACACUUUGGUAGGCGCACGUACAGCGUCCCGUCCCAGCAGGAGCAGAUCAUGACCGAGUUGUACAAGAACGGGCCCGUGGAGGCAGCUUUCUCUGUCUAUGAAGAUUUUCUGAUGUAUAAGACCGGUGUGUAUCAGCAUGUGACAGGGGGCAUGCUGGGCGGUCACGCCAUCAAGAUCCUGGGCUGGGGAGAGGAGAAUGGGACGCCCUACUGGCUGGCUGCGAACUCCUGGAACAGUGACUGGGGAGACAAAGGCUUCUUCAAGAUCAAGCGUGGACACGAUGAGUGUGGCAUCGAGUCGGAGGUGGUUACAGGAAUCCCACUCAACUAGACGAAAUGAGUCCUGGCU